UUCCACUGAAGUCAGGCCCUUCGCUUCAGGAAGAAAUUUCUGAGGGAGGCAAUUAAACAGCUGCAAGCCCUAUUGUGGGGAAAAUACGAUUCCACCACAGAACCGCCCUUCCCAGGCAGCAAAUCGGAAGAGACAGAGAUGUGUUCAUGUUUAAAGGAGUCCAGAAGUUUCCUGAGGGGCUAGAAAGAAUUGAGAAUGAUUGCAGCUGGGAAAUUUGCAAGUCUCCCAAGAAAUAUGCAGAUGAAUCAUGAGUUCUCACUAGCUUCUUCUAUGGACCUUUUGAGUAGCAAACCAUCUCUUGCCAGUGAACAUCGCUCAAAUACCUGCAAUGAUGUUUCGAUCCAUGGGACACUUCCAAGGAAGAAAAAGGGAACUGUUCCUAUUGGAUCCAAUGAUGCUUUUAGCCACAUGGGAAUGUUGCCAUACUCCAAACUGCAUCGUCCUCAAGGAAUUUUGAUUCAAGAAGUCAUAGAAGAGUAUCCCCAGAAGAACUGGAACAAUGACAACUUCCACAGAGAUCAGAAUGCUAUGGAUCCAGCUAUGGAGUAUGUAAAGUUCUCAAAGGAGAGAAAUAUGGAGCAACAAGUUAUGGAAAAUUCCCCAGAAAAACUGAAGAAAGAACUGGAAGAAGAGCUGCAGAUGAGUGGUGAAGAUUUGCGCAGUCAUGCCUGGUAUCACGGACGAAUUCCACGACAGGUUGCUGAGAGUCUGGUUCAGCGGGAUGGAGAUUUCUUGAUUAGAGACUCUCUCUCCAGCCCUGGGAAUUUUGUUCUUACCUGUCAGUGGAAAAACAUCUCCCAGCACUUCAAGAUCAAUAAAACUGUUUUGAGACUCAACGAAUCUUACUGUCGUGUCCAAUACCACUUUGAGGAUGAAAGUUUUGACAGCAUCCCCGGCCUGGUUCGGUGCUAUGUGGGAAACCGCAGGCGAAUUUCAAAGCAGAGUGGAGCAAUUAUAUUCCAGCCCAUCAACAGGACCGUUCCGCUGAGGUGUCUGGAGGAAAAGUACAGUGUCUCUCCCAUUCUACAAAGAGAGGGCAGUGUUACUGAGGGACAAGGAGAAACUCCCAAGAGACUGAGCCUUAAUCUAUGCAAUCGGCAGGCUAGGGAGCAGAAUUCAAUCCGAGGAAACCUUUUAAGAAACAAGGAAAAAAGUGGUAGCCACCCAGCAUGUUUGGAUCAUGUGCAGGAAAAGAGAUUCCCCCCGAAGGCUCAGUCAGAAAGCUAUCUGCCAAUAGGUUCAAGGUAUCCAUCUCAGGGAACUGAAAGUGAAACUAGUCCUUCUCCAAAGUCACCAGCAUUCCGAACAGGCAGUGAACCUGCUCUGAGUCCCCUGGUCUUCCAGAGAUUCGCCUCUGAAUUGCAAGUCAGCGAUAUUCUCCGGGGUUCCGACAGCCAGCUGUACCCCAAGCCACCCCCCAAGCCAAGCAAAGUGCCCUUUUUGAGACCCACACACAGCUCAGAGAGCCCAUAUUGCGAACUGAACACGGCCAUUCCCACAGACAGCCAGGGGGCAAAGCAACCUUUGUGUGCGAAGAACAGCUUUGUCGAGCAUCUUACAACACACGAGAACGGGACCCAUUCAUCCAGGGAUUCCGAAAUGAGCUACUUGAUUCUGGACGACCAUGGUUCUCUGCUGAGCUCGGUGGAUCCUCUUGCAGCCCAGACAGAGAUGAGCAAAGAGAGCAGCGUCUUUGUUGCACCAGUUCUCGAGAUGGUCUCUGGUUUCAGGCCGAAUGAUUUUGAGUCAAAACUCCUUCCCCUGGAAAACAAGCCCUUGGAGACAGCAAUGUUGAAAAGAGUGAAGGAAGUGUUCACUAACAACCAUGCCAAGGUCAUUGCUCAGCAUAUACUUAAGAUGGACUGCAAGGUUGCUAGGAUACUGGAGGUCUCUGAAGAGAUGAAGAGGAUUAUGGGAGUGAAGUCAGGCCUGGAACUUAUUACCUUGCCAUAUGGACACCAACUGCGCCUUGACAUAAUUGAAAGACACAAUACAAUGGCAAUAGGAAUAGCCGUGGAUCUCCUUGGCUGCACGGGAAACUUAGAAGAGCGAGUUGCAACACUAAACAGGAUAAUCCAGGUUGCCGUAGAACUCAAAGACUCCAUGGGGGACUUGUAUGCCUUCUCCGCUAUAAUGAAAGCCCUUGAGAUGCCUCAGGUUGCAAGACUGGAGCAAACAUGGACCACUCUGAGGCACUGCUACACACAGACAGCCAUUCUGUAUGAGAAGCAGCUGAAGCCAUUCAGCAAAGCCUUACAUGAAGGACGAGAGACUACAUGCAUUCCACAAAACGUUGUCACUGUGCCCUUGCUGAUGCCUCUGAUUACCCUGCUGGAACGCCAGGCUGUUGUGUUUGAUGGGAUGGAUGUUUGGGAGAACACAGACCAAAGCUGUGAAAUCAUGCUGAAACAUUUGGGAACUGCCCGUUUGAUCGCACAAAAUGCCAGCCUGUACUCCACAAAUGCAGAAAGGAUACUAUCAGAUUUUCAACCAGAUGAUGAGAUGAAUGAGAUCUUCAAAACGGAAUUCCAAAUGAGACUGCUCUGGGGCAGCAAAGGAGCACAGGUCAACCAAAGUGAAAGAUAUGAGAAAUUCAACCAGAUCUUAACUGCUCUUUCCCGAAAAUUAGAACCCCCUCUAACAAAGCAGCCAGAACAGUAAAGUACCUAAUGGAUUCACAAAUGCAAUUAAUUCCAAGUCAUUACUUAACUAAGAGAAAACAAACUGCAAAAUAAGGCUGUGCCAAAUGUUUGCCAUUUUUUUCAGGGCAAGAAGGCUUUGGAGAACUGUAACGGUGUUUUCUGAACAAAAUACUUUUUGAGGAAUGUUUGUUGCCACUUCAUUUCCUGUUCUGCUGCUGGUUUGGCAUGUUUUUUAAAAUUGUGCUUUCUUCAUGGGAAUAUCAGUGCUGGACAAUAAGGAUCUUAUCAUGAAUAUGGCCACAUGCCUACACAGGCCAUUUAGAAUGAAAGCAGUGCUUCCUGUAUCAAGAUCAUCCCCCUCCUCAAUAGACAAGCAUCUUUAUUCCAUUUCAAAGCAAUCCCUGAAGAGGUGGGACUGCUGUUGCUACUGCCAAAAAAAAUUCACAAGCAGCCUUUUUCUUUUCUGAGCUGUCAAAGUCUUGACACCCACAGAGACAUUGGGAUUUGUAAAUUGUACUAUGUGCAUUUAUUUAUGAUUACCUAAUAAUAAGAAUGACUACUGAGAUAUAAAGUAAUCCUUAUUUAUUGGUUUUGUUACUUUCCAUGAUCUUUCAGUAAAUGAUGACAUUGUCCAUUACAUAAAAUAUUGUAGACAUUGGGGGGUGGGGUUAAUUAUUUUUAGCCUUGUAUCCAUUAAUGUUAUUAACAAACUGUAAAUAUGAGUAAAGGUGAAAGAAUGGCUUUAGAAAAAGGUAUCAGUUGUAUGAUAUCAAUUAAAUGGGUCUGGAGAAUUGUACAUAAAGCUGUGAAUUAAAGCAUGAACUAUCCUUGAAAUAUUCUAUUUUAUUGCUUCAAAACGUAAGAAAGAACUCAUUUGGGGACUCAAGAUGUUUAAGCCUGAAUUGUUCAACAUUCCACUGAGUUUUGUGGUGUUGUUAUUCUGUGCAUCUUCUGUUGAUUAGAUAUAAAACCUUCACUUUAUCUUCAACUUCCUCUACAUGAACAAGGGCAAGAUUUUUUUAAAAAGCAUGCGACAUACACUAAUCAGCUCCCACUUGCAAUGAUGUCAGUGUUAGUCCCCUACAACAUGUUUUUAAAUCACAACUGUUAAUCAUCACUAACUGUACUUUUUGCAUUUCAGUUCCUUCUGGCAGCAGAGUUUACUUCUCCUUCAACCCCCACAGCACCACUAUAAAUCUGCCCAUCUGAGGCUCACUCCAUGAAUCUGACAAAGUGGAUAUCGUCCAUGAAACAUUAUGUCAGAAUAAGCAUGCUACUCUUUGAGGUUCCUCAAUAGCCUCUGUAGCUCAAAUUCUUCAACUACAGGGGCUAUGUCCAGCACUGGAGGUAAAAUCUGUUUUUCCUGUACUGUACCC